AUGAUUGACUAUUUAGCGAACAGUACUGGUGCUGAAUCCUGUCCUGAUAAGAAGUCUACCUAUGGUGCUACAUGUCUCAAGCUCUACAGCCAGGUUAUCUACCAGUGUCCUUAUGGGUUCUACUAUAAUAAUUUCACUUGUAGGCUAGGGAAAGUAUUCCCAGGAGAGAUGAUUCUGGGUACCCCUUUUACUAAGUCUAUGGAAAACCAAACAAGUGAAAAUUAUCAAAACUUAUAUGAUAAUCUCACAACUUUUUUUGACAAGACAUUUGAAAAUCAAGAUUUUCGGAGCAUAAACAUUCUUAGCGUGAAAUUAUCUCAAGGAAUUUCUCAAAGGGUGAAUAAGGCAGGAAACGAAACUAAUACUACAGUUACACUCAUCGCUGCAUUUGAUGAAAAGGCACAUAUGACAAUUCAGAAAUUGGAAGAGUCUGUAAAUAAUUCUUCUUUUAAGGAUGACUUCAGUGAAGUAUCAUUUACACGUAUAUCAGGUUGUGAUAUUGUCUUCUGUGAUAAAGACACUACAGACUGCAAGGAUGUUGAGGGCAGGAUUCCAACAUGUGAAUGUAAACCAGGCAUGGCUAAGAAUUACUUAGAAGACAAAACUUGUCGAGCCUGUCAAGGCUGUUCUGCAGAAAAAAAUGAAUUCUGUUUCAUGAAAGAAAAUCUCGUCCCCGAAUGCCGAUGUCUGCCAAAUUUCGAGAAAAAGGAUGCAGGAUGUGAAGCGUGCAGCAUUGGAUUUUCUGGAGAAGGCUGCCAAGAUAGUUACAUGGCCAUCAUCAUAGGAAUAUCUACCUUAUGCGGUGUUCUUCUGGUGGCUUUAAUUGGCGUAACCAUUUGCAUCUUAAGAAAACGGAAGCCUAAAAUGGAAGAGCGACAAUUGGUAAGCAAUGAGUAUUCAACCUCGGGCAAUCCUUAUGGCGUUCCUCCUGCCACAAACUUUGCUGAAAGUGGGAGAAUGUUCCCCAGAAUCCAAGCUACGAAUGGCACACCAUUGAGCAAAGCCACUGCUGAGAACCCAACCAAUUUCUACAAAGGAGGAGCUGCAAAUAGAGGCUACGUUCCUGAGCAAGAUUAUAGCAAUGAUAACUGGCUAGACAUGGCCUCCAGAUACUGA